CUCUGGUGGGUCACACCCCACUGAGGGCAUAUAAAAGGCCCUCUGCAAGGAGCAUUGUCCAGACUCAAGUCACCUACACUCCUCCUCCUUCUCCACCAAGGACAACCUCAACAACCAACACCAUGUGUGGCUACUACGGAAACUACUAUGGUGGCCGUGGCUAUGGAUGCUGUGGCUACGGAGGCCUGGGCUAUGGCUAUGGAGGCCUGGGCUGUGGCCUUGGCUCCUACUAUGGCUGUGGCUACCGCAGACUGGGCUGUGGCUAUGGCUGUGGCUAUGGCUAUGGGUCCCGCUCUCUCUGUGGCUGUGGCUAUGGCUAUGGCUCUGGCUAUGGCUCUGGCUUUGGCUACUACUACUGAGGAGACUCUGGCCCUCGACAACUGCAUCAUUGGCAUUCACCAAUUCUGAAGCCUGCAUGCUGGAAGUUCCAUAUUUCAGAGAUGAUUCUUUCCCAUAACUAACUUCUGAUUUAAUCUUGCUGAACACACAGUGCCCUCUCCAUCUGAUGCCACAAAUGCUUCCUGUCGUGAAUUUUAGUCUUAAAAAUUCACAGAAAUUGACAUUCAUCCUGUGUAUUCCUGUAUGGUCUCUCUUCAUGAUGAUGAUGUCAUAGAUCCUGUCUCCAUUUUUAUGAAGAAUUCUUUUCUCUGUUUUAACAAUAAACUUGUUGAGUGUGGAAUAGCAAACUUGGUUUUCUUUUCAUUGAAAGUAUGGUAUUUAUCAUUUUUUAGGUUGAAUGAAAAGUAAUAAUUUUCCUAUUUGUGUAAUAUCUUCC